UGUCAUUUUUUUCAUCUUAUUUUGUUAAUAACAAUUGCAAUUUUUAAUCUGCACCAAAAUCCUUCAAAAGCAUUUUCCUAGAGGUGAUUCCGAAUAGAAUGAGCCAUCGCUCAUAUUUUUAGGACCUUUAUCUCUAUUUUUCACAUUUUUGAACUUGUUGACUAGACUAAUAUCCAGAUAAAGCAUUCUGAUAAACGAUAUAAAUAGGUAAUUUAGGAAUUGAUGUAUUUGCUUGGCAGAUUAAAUCUUGUUUUUUUUCAUGUAUCAGUGUUCCAAGCGUCGGUAGGAUAAAUAAAUACAAUAAAUACAUCCAGAGGAUCGUGCAGCAGGCGCUAAUCGGUAAUCACAUAGCCAUUAAAUCCUUACACAUCCCGCAAACCCAUCCAAUAUAAGCUUGUGCAGGCGUUAUUUCUAGAAUUAAUAUCGAAAACAUCAAACAAUUGUCGGUGGACAGUGCCCAGUGGCCACUGGCCAGUAACGAUCCAGCGCUACGCCGCGACGGGCGUGCGUUUGCGCAUAACAUGACGACUCUACACAUAGUCUCCGCGUUAGUUGCAACCUAUAUGUGCUUCGUUCAAGGGCAAUUACCAUGUACGACACCAACUGGUGUCACCGGCCAGUGCAUAAAUAUAAACGAAUGCAAAGAUCUGUUGGCAAUCCUCGACAAUCCACAACGUUCAAAAGAAGAAAUUGAACUCUUGAGGCGAUCUCACUGCGGAUUUGCAGAUAAGGUGCCCAUGGUUUGUUGCCCCCAAAUUGCACCGCCCUUGGACCGACGGUGUUUCACCUACGAGGGCAAAGAGGGAACAUGUCUUGGAUUGUACUCUUGUCCACCGCUAAUGGGUCUUCUGAAACCUCCAGUGUCGAAGGACAACCUGAGUUACGUACAAGUAUCGAGAUGCGAGAGCCCAGACCGGUACAGCGUUUGCUGCGGUCCAGAUGAAGCAGUGCCACCAGCGCCUGGCAAACAAGCCAUAUGCACCCCUACUGCUGCACCACCUGACCCUCGAACCGAAUGCUGUGGACUGGAUAGCGGAGGAGGGAAUAGGAUAUUUGGUGGAAACGUAACAGCCAUCGACCAGUACCCAUGGCUGACACUCAUCGAGUACAGAGGUGUCCGAGACGAUAGGAUUAAGCUUCUCUGUGGUGGAGCCCUCAUCAGCGGCCAAUACGUGCUGACCGCAGGACACUGCGUUGUUGGACCAGUAUUAAAUAGUGGAAUCCCAGUAAACGUGCGUUUAGGUGAAUAUGACGUACGCUUCACUGGACGGGACUGCGUGCAAGUGGAGGGCGGAGGGACAGACUGCACAGACCCUGUGGUCACUAUACCCAUCGAGAGGACCAUACCCCAUAAGGAUUACAACCCUUCCGCUAAACUGAGGAGGAACGACAUCGCAUUGUUACGAUUGGCACAGAUGGCGCCUUAUACUGAUUUCAUCAGACCCAUAUGCCUUCCUACCAUGGACAUAACGCUCAGUACAAUGACCAAUAUAAGACUGGAGGUAGCGGGCUGGGGUGCUAUAAGUGACACACAGAGCUUCAGCAAUAUCAAGUUACAUGUAGACCUGCCGUUAGCUACCAAACAACAAUGCGAACCGUAUUACGCCCAAAGACAAGUGCCAUUAUGGGAUGGUCAAAUUUGCGCUGGUGGCGAAAAGGGCAAAGAUUCCUGCAAGGGUGACUCCGGGGGACCUCUGAUGAACGAGAACGGGAAGGUUUGGGAGGUGGUGGGAGUGGUGAGCUUCGGACCAACACCUUGUGGAAUGGAAAACAUACCCGGAGUAUAUACGAAGGUUUACGAUUACCUUCCGUGGAUACGCACUCAGAUGAAACCUUAAUUUAAUAACAAAUAUAGUCAGUUUUAAAAGGCGUUGUAAAUGACAGUAUUGAGAGAAAAGCAAAAAAACGAAUAAUGAAAAGUCAGCGUUCCAUGGGCCAAUUUGGAACUAAAGGGACGAUAAGUCGAUUAUAAGAUGUGUUCAGAUGAUAAUAACGAAUAAACGACAAAAAACUAUUAUUGAUAAGUACUAGGAAAAUUUUAAUCUCUUAUUGAACUACGGAUAUUUAUAGCAUAAAAUUUACCAUCAGACAUCAUGUUAUACGCAUCCUUCGUCACUGAAUAUAAAGCUUAAAAUGUAUCUCUUCAAAAAUAUAAUUAUAUAUCAGAAGAUAAUAUUAGAUUGUAUUUUAAUUAGUUUUAUUUACCAAAAGUUCUGUAGUAUAAUGUAAUAUAUGUAUAAAUAACGCGAAGUAUAUAAGAUAUAUUAAAUAUAAUAAAAAUUAUAUUUAAAUAAACUAAAUCACAGAUAUAGCAUACAAUACUACGUUUUGUAUAGUUUACGCAGUUCACAUAAAACUAGAUAAAUUUGUAAUCUGUACAUAUAUUUUAAGAUAUUUCCAGAUUAUUAAAAGAUAUUUUAUUAAAUACAUGUUAAUCGGGUUCAUUUGUUUAAGGUAUAAAUCAUUGAAUGUGCCUGUUAUUAAGCAGUAUGAAUUAGUACGUUAGUUGCAUAUGCAUAGCGUGCAUACAUGAUAUGAUACAUAGAUGAAUAUUUUAAAAAGUAAGAGUUUUUUAAACUAAAACAUAUGUACAAAAAAUAAUUGUUACUGAUAGAAGACGGCUCUAACGGCUCUCAACACAUCAGCUCAUAGUCUAGCUGACUGAUUGCAAGAUAUAUAUUUAAAAAAAAACUGACAAGACGUACAGUGGAUACUGUUGUGGUCUCUGGCAGAACGACAAGCGCUGUUGAACACGUCUGCUCCACUGCAUAAGAUGAGCCAGGAUCAGUUACCACCACAACACAAACGUUAUACAUUUAAAAUAUUUUUCUAUAAUUAUUACUUAUUAUUUUGUGUGUGUUAAUAAGUCUUAUGUCGAUGUCUACAAAUAAAUUGUUACCGUGAACUAUGACAAAGAUUAAAAUUAUUAAUCUAAAGUUCAUUACAAAUUAUUGAAAUAAUAAAUUUGCUACAGAAACGAUACAUCAUAGAUUGCCUGACUUGCCAACAAGAACAACAAGUGUUCAAAUCUCCUUAGUCUGAAGCUUCGAGUGGCCAGAGCCCAUGAGUUUUUGUUCCUCACAAUCCCAAGGCAGCCUUGUCAGGGCUACCACUAUUGAGAACUACAUCGCACUAGCAUAAUGAAAAUCAGGAUUGGUAUCAUUAUCGCUAUUGAAAAACUACUAGGAUUUACUCAAUAAACCUUAAUUAUUUUUAAGUCUGUUUUUAUAGGAACGUAUUGUUUUUAGAAAAACUUUGUAUUUACUCUAUAUUUGUAUGUAUAAGUGUAGUUAUUACAGCUUUCUUGGAUUAA